GAACGAGAAGAAGAAGAAGACGCGGUUUGGUUUUCCACCGACUUCUCUUCUCUUCCAAUCUCAUCAUCUCUCCAUUUCUCUUCCCAAUCUGUGUCUCUCUGGUGAUUCAUUCCUUCAAUGGCAGAUAACAACAAGCAAUCUGAUAACAAUCACGACGAGGCGAGUCCUCUUCUCCACCAACACCAACACCAACACCAACCCAAAGCUCCACCUGUUCCCCAAUCACCACAAGACUUUCUUCUUGGAUGGACCGCCGAUGGCCACCCUGUACCCCACGGCAGCGUCGUCGGCCAGCCCAUGUCCCGUUCUCCCUGGAACUCCUCCAUCUGCGCCUGUCUUGGUCAAAACGACGACUUCUGCAGCAGCGAUCUUGAAGUUUGUCUUCUUGGGAGUGUGGCUCCUUGUGUGUUGUAUGGAAGCAAUGUCGAGAGGCUUGGAUCUACUCCUGGGACAUUUGUCAAUCAUUGCUUGCCUUAUUCUGGACUGUAUGUGAUUGGGAAUUCCUGCUUUGGUUGGAAUUGUCUUGCACCGCUGUUUUCCUAUCCUAGCCGUACUGCUCUUCGUCGGAGGUUCAAUUUAGAGGGAAGCUGCGAGGCACUUAAUAGGUCAUGUGGGUGCUGUGGAAGCUUUAUGGAAGAUGAGGCGCAGCGUGAACAGUGUGAGUCAGCAUGUGACUUGGCAACCCAUGUCUUCUGUCAUGUCUGUGCUCUUUGUCAAGAAGGACGUGAGCUCCGUCGCAGGCUUCCUCAUCCUGGCUUUAAUGCUCAACCAGUGUUGGUUAUGAUUCCCCCGGGAGAGCAGGCCAUGGGACGCGCGGCUUGAAAAUAUUCUUCCUCAUCUUGGAAGUGUUGUUCUUGUGAAUUUUACUGUUUCAUGUAUGAUUUGACAUUGUUGAAUGGUGUCUUACCUUGUCCAAAGAGAACCCUGGUUCUUUGAAAUUGGUAUCGAUAAGAACAUAAACACAAUCAUGUCAUUAGUUUGGUCCCCUGCUGGUUUGUAUUUCAUAUUAUAUAUAUGUAUACGUGACGAAUUUUUGUGCUUUUUGUCUAUGUUUCAUUAUUUAGUUCAAUGAACUUAUGGAAGAGUAAGAGAUUGUUUGA